GACGCGGCGGCCGCAGCCAUGGGCGCAGCGACUGCGGUGGUGUGGAGGGGUCUCGAGGAACGGCCGGGCCGGGCUGGGGACACGGCCGCCGGCACUGGCCCUCGACGCUGAGCCGCGGUGGGCUCCCCGCCGGCGCCGCGAGGGCCCGUGAGUGCGAGCGGGGCGCAUCGGAGGAGCCGGGCAGCGGCUCACCACCUUAGCGGGGCCCGCCUGGCCGCCGGGCGGAUCGAGAGGGCCGUGUGGGCACAUCUGGGGGUGCGGAGACCCCGCCAGGCGCGUUUAGGGGGCGGGGCGUGUCCGCAGGGGCCGCCGCCCAUCCCCGGGGGGCACCGCCGGGGCCCAGCGCCGCCUGGGUCGAGCCAGGGGCGCCCCUGGAUGGCUGAGCUGCCGUCUCGCCGGCCGGCCGGGCGCCGCAGCGGCUGAGCUCGCUGGGAUCGCCGGGCCGCCGCCGCCCUCGCUGCCCCCUGCAUGCUCGGCGCCCGGGUCGCGGCCCACCUGGACGCGCUGGGCCCCCUGGUCCCCUACGUGCCGCCGCCGCUGCUGCCCUCUAUGUUCUUCGUGGGCCUGUUCUUCGUCAAUGUGCUGAUCCUGUACUACGCCUUCCUCAUGGAGUACAUCGUCCUCAACGUGGGCCUCGUCUUCCUGCCCGAGGACAUGGACCAGGCGCUCGUGGACCUCGGCGUGCUCUCCGACCCCGGCUCGGUCCUCUACGACGCCGACUCGGAGCUCGACGUCUUCGAUGGUUACUUGGACUAGGCUUGGCUGCCGUCCCCUCCCCACCCCCCAGCGACCCGCAGCCCUCCAUCCGGACCAGCCGCCCGGAUCAUGCCGCCGCUUCUGGUUGGAGGCACCGUCUGGCCAGGGAUGGAACCCCCAGGACGAGGCCCUCUCCAGUCUCCCAGGCCUGCCUGCUCCCCUCAUAAGCUCCGUGCCAACAGAGAGGUUCCCGUCCAGACCCAGGACGGUGGGAUGGAGAGACUGAGACUGAGGGCCGAGGUGGGUAAGGCAUCUGUCCCUGCCCGAGGGGGACGGCAGGGCGUCCGGAGAUCUCAGCCGCCCGCAGCGUUGCACAGAUGGCCUUGCCUUGGCUUCUGACCUUUCGCGAUUGCGAUGGAUGUUUACAGGAACGCACCCCAAGUCUGUCUCCCGGCUCUUCACCCCCGACCGCACCUGCUUCCCCCACUUAACCUUUGGAGAGGACACUUCACACCCGGGACACACGCAAAAGCCACUUCCAGCUGUCUGUUGCCGGCAGAGCCCGAAGCCCGGCUGGGUCUGGCCCCAGGCUGGCCUUAGAUGCAGCGACUGUUCUGGGAGUGACUCAGGAGGAAAGGAAGCUGAGGGACGUGUCGGGGGCUGAGUGUGGGGUUUCGACUUAUUCAUUUCAAGUUGCUUGUUCUUCAUCAAGUUGCAGAACUGACACAUAGUGCCGGGAGAGGGCCGCCACGUUGCUCCUCUGGCCGCAAAUAUUUUUUGAAACUGUGAGUGGUAUGAAUACUUGACUUCGAUACACCUGUACAAGCAAUACUUAGGAGGCUGACUUCCUUCAAUUAAAAAAUAUAUGCAACUCCAA